AAACAAAAGCAAGCAAAAUCACUGCUAUUCAAAUUCCUUUCUGGAUCUCUCAGCUCAGCUCAGCUCGAUCAAAUCUCUCUCUCUCUCUCCCCCAUGGGAGGAGCUCAAGCUCUGAGCCUCGAUAAAACUAUCCGCCAUGUUUCAGCAGCGACUAAUUACGAAAACUUGGGGCUAGAAGAGUACGAGAUAGGAGAAGGAGGAGAGAAGGGGGCUCCGAGAAUCGUGUGGGUUCUCGGAUCAGUUGUGGAGAAGAUGAUUAAGAAGAAUGAGAAGAUGAUGAAGGGGUGGAAGCACAAAGAUGUGAAGAUCACUGCAUUUCACGGCGCCAGACCUCCUUCUUUGAGUGUUCAUCAGUAUAUUGAUCGGAUUUUCAGGUACUCCAGCUGUAGUCCGGCCUGUUUCGUCGUUGCCUAUAUAUACUUGGAACGCUUCCUUAGCCAGACCGCCGGUUUUCUGACGUCACUCAACGUUCACCGGCUUUUGAUCACAAGUAUCAUGUUGGCUGCCAAGUUUCUAGACGAUGACUGUUAUAACAACGCAUACUACGCAAAGGUUGGGGGGAUUAGCAACUCGGAACUGAACAAGCUGGAGAUGAAGUUUUUGACGAGUCUUGAUUUCAGGCUGCAUGUGAGUGUAGACACCUUCAAUACCUACUGUUUGCAGCUAGAGAGAGAAGGGAAUAAUGGGGAGAUUGACCGGCCAGCUAAAAUUUUCGGUUAUGUGUGCGGCCGUGCACGUGCAUCCACCAUUGCUUGUAGAGCUGUUUAAUUUUCAGAUUUUCAACACUACUUAUUUGUUUAAAGUUUUAUAGAUGCUUGCUUGCUUGGAUAGGUAUUAAAAACUUAACAACUUUGAUUUUUGCUCCCAAAACGUCCUUUAUGUCCAAACACACCGCAAAUUAUUCUGU